AUGCUCAAACUGUAUUCAAUCCGAUCAGCUUUCAGAAUUAAAUUCAAAGAUUCCAGUAAUAAAUCAUUCAACAACAGCCUCCUUAGGCACAACUAUUCAAACAAUAAUAUUAGUACCCUGUACAGCAUCUAGAUCAUCAAUUUACCAAUUUUGAGUAGAAUUAAGUUUAAAAGAUAAAUCAAAUACCAUCAAUAUAGAAUGAAAAUGAUCAUAAGAAGAAGAAAAGGCUGCAAGUCAAUAAUAAAUUGCGAGCACCUCGAUGAGAAACACUACGCAAAGGUAAAUUCAAUUAUUUAAUUAAAUAGGGGAUGUGUUAUCUAUGCUAUCACAAGAAAGGAAGGACAAAGCCAGCAUUCAAAUGUGAGCACAUAGAUGACGCUCAUUAUUCUAAGGGUAAGGAAAAAGAGAAGACUAGCCAGAAAAUUAGGUAAGCUAGAAAUCAUGAAAAGACCUAAAAAACUUAGUAUAAUGUCAAAGCCCUAAAACAUUAUGAUCCCAACUCUAAAGCCAUUUUCAGAGAUAGCAUUCUAAUAAUGA